GCCUCUCACGCCUGAGCCGGGGAGAGGAACCCGGAUGGCCGCCAUCUUUCCCGAACAGUGCCGGUGGGGCGGAACCACACACUCAGCGAUCCACGGACCUUUCACUCACCCUGCUCAUACAUAAUUUCACUUUAGAUAGUUCUCUACUCCUUUCCCAUCUCAGCAAAAAAUAUGGAGCGGGAAGACUUCAUUUUCCAGGCCAAACUGGCAGAGCAGGCAGAACGAUAUGACGAGAUGGUGGAGUCGAUGAAGAAGGUGGCUGGGAUGAAGGUGGAGCUGACGGUGGAGGAGAGGAACCUGCUGUCUGUGGCCUAUAAGAACGUGAUCGGAGCGCGGAGAGCGUCAUGGAGGAUAAUUAGCAGCAUCGAGCAGAGAGAGGACGGGAAGGCCACAGAGGCGAGGAUGAAGAUGAUCAAGGACUAUAGGCAAAUGGUUGAAAAAGAGCUUAAAGAUAUCUGUAGUGACAUUCUGGCUGCUCUGGAAAACCACUUACUCCCAGCAGCGGAAAUUGGAGAGUCCAAAGUUUUCUACAACAAAAUGAAGGGCGAUUACUUUAGGUACUUGGCGGAGUUUGCCACGGGUAACGAGAGGAAGGAGGCGGCAGAGAGCAGCCUGGUGGCAUAUAAGGCCGCCACAGACUUAGCCAUGACGGAGCUGCCCUCCACACACCCCAUCCGCCUCGGACUCGCACUUAACUUCUCCGUCUUCUACUACGAGAUUCUCAACUCGCCCGACCGCGCCUGCAGGUUGGCCAAAGCGGCUUUCGACGACGCCAUCGCAGAACUGGACACACUGAGUGAAGACAGCUACAAGGACUCCACACUCAUCAUGCAGUUGUUACGUGACAACCUCACACUAUGGACUUCAGAUAUGCAGGGGGAGGCUGAAGAACAAAAAGAGUCACUGCAAGAUGUGGAGGAUGAUGCUCAGUGAUAGUCCGCCCUGCACCGCCCACACUCCUGUCCCCUCUGCCGCUCCAGGGCCUCAGAGGAAAACUAAACCACCUCUCCUCUCUCUUUCUUCUCUAUUAUUCUUUUUUAUUUUUAUAUUUCCGCCCUUACACGGUUCAGUAAAAUACCACUUAAUUGAGACCAGAAAUACAAUACACAUAAGACAAAGAUAAUCCUUCAAAUGAGAGUCCAAUUUUGUGUGUCGUGGACUGGUACAAGCGGUUCUCAAAAAGUUAUCUUUGUUUUCAGAAUUGUAUUUUUGUUUUUUUGUUUUCUUUCAAUAUUUUUAUCUGUUGCUGGAUGUAUUGAGAAUUUAUUUCUUGAUGUAAUUACAGAAAUUAACUUUUAUUACUGAAAUGUUGACGGAUAGGUAUCAGAGUGUUUUACCUCUGUUUUUAGUGCAAAAUCAUUUUACCUUUUUACGGGCCGUUUGACUCAAUUUCAAAAAAGUGCCCUUCUUGUUUUAACAUAGUUUUUUCAGAAGACGUUUUUUGGUAACAUUUUAUAAUACACCUAAUUGGCCUUAAUGAAACAUGCAGCAAGACCUGAUUUAUAAUGAAGAAAUUUAUUAAGAAUGAUUCAGGCUUAGUAACUACAUAUCUGAUGGUUACUGUUUAAACUAUCCACAUAUUUUAAGCUACUUUUUACAACUUUCAGAGGUGAGAGUGGAGUUUACCAUCACAGUAAAGCUAACAAUAACUAGCAUGCUAACAGCGUACUUCCUGUUUGCUGAGAAUAAGCUGCUUUUACAAUAUAUCUGUACUGGGGGCAAGACAGAAUUGAAAUUACGUUUAAAAAUCAGGUACAAGCCCUUUAAUACCCCAACUCCUUAAUUAAGUAGUAACAAAACUUGAAUCAUUCUUAGUAAACAAUUUCUUCAUUAAGAAUAAGUGUUUGUUCAUGCUUUAUUAAGGUAAGUUAAGGUGUAGCUUUUAAGUGUAACCAUUGUUUUUUUUUGGCAAAUUUCGGGAUAUCCACGUGGGGCAAAGGCGCGCUUUACUCUUACACUAUAGUGAAUCUGUUGUUUUGUAGUUGUCUCUGGACUGUAACUGUGCUGAAAUACUGUAACAAUUUUUAAGAGGUGGGCGAUUUUCUUUGAGAGGAAAAAUUUGGGAGAAAUGUCUCAAUCUUGCCCCGGUUUGUCAGAUUUGUCAGUGUUUUCAUGAGUUUAAAGUUUAGAUCUUUUGGAGCGGUCGUAUGUAGCGUUGUCAAUUUCAUUACCUCUUUUUUAGAUGACGGGUCACUAAGUAGCACAUGGUCAGUGCAGUGUGUGGUUUUUGGUGUGAAAUUUCAAACUAGAGAAACUACGGUAGCCCUCUAGGGACAAGCUGUUUGAAAUCCCAAUGGAAGCAAAAUAAAUAUCCAGUAUCCAAUAUUAACUAAAGUGUGGUAGCUUUUGGAAAACCCAAUGAAAGUUGGCUGUACAAUUUAUAAAUAAAAAUAUACAAAAUAAAACAAUAGUAACAAAAAUGUGUAAGUCUUAAAACCAUAAUUUAUAUGCUGGUGUUGGCAUCAAGGCUAAGACUAUAACAACAAAUGUCAUUGUUAAAGGAAUUUUGGUCUACUUUCCCUGUUGCCAUUAAUUCACUGCUGUUUUCUGUUGUAACUAAGAUAUUUGUGAACCAGUAUAUCGUUUAAAUUUACAAACUAUACCAGCUCUAUUUUAUGAAUGCAGUUUCUUUCUAUGCUCUGAACAGUGCGUUGUAGCUCUACAUGCCUAUUCUCCACAAUGGGCAAAUGCAAGUAUAUGUUUUGAGUUUUUCAUUAUUGAACUCACAUUAAUUCACCACCACACUCUAUUGUCUUUAUAAUAAAAAAUAGGUAAUAAACUAUACUUGUUGAUAAUUUUCCAGUUUUUGGGAGCCAUAUGAAGUGAGUCCGUCAUCUAAUGCUACAUACAGAAAACGUAAUACAAAAGACUAAACUAAUAUUCGUUCAGCUGCUUGUGCCCUGCGUUUUAGCUCUCCCUCCUCAGUUCAGGAGGUCUUUCCAUUGUUUUACUUCAUUAUGUGUAACUCGGAGCUGAUUUGUACUACUGGAUAUCUGACUGGAGCCACAGACAGGGAAUCUGUAUUAUUCUUACUGAAACACAGCAUGGAAUUAACAUUAAACAAAUCUAAAUUAAACAUUA